AUGUCUUCCGCGGCGAACUCCUGGGGCACCCUCAUCAAUCCCGACAAGAGCCCCGCGCCCCUGCUGGAGCAGUUGUGUUUGGGGAUUGCCCAGCUGAUGCCCUCCUUCGAUAACAACGGAACUGCCGAUCUUACCCCCGAUCGCCUAGCUGCUUUCUAUCGCAAGGUCGGUGGGAACUACGACUCGCUCUUCCUCGAGACAAAAGCCCAGGCCCUCUCCUUCAUCUACCAGUCCGUCGGCUGUUUCCACAGUCUCCAGCCCUCGACGAACCCCUAUGAGCCACCCUCAGUCCCCUCGCUGCUCCCGCUCGGCUUCGUGCGAUGGCAGACGAUACAGCUGUUGAUGGACCCCGAUGAGCACUCGCGGUACCUGCAGAACGCGGUUAGUCAGUGGGAUAUUAUUGAUGCAAAAGGCGAUGUCUUUCCCAAGGAGAUUCCCCGUGAUGCAUUUCCUUCAGAACCGGACCCGGAAAUGCUGCAGUGGCAUGAGGGCGUCUGUCGCAAGCUGGAAUACGACUUUGUGAAGAGACAGGCCAACCGCGCUUCGCCACCCAACUUUGGCGCCUAUCAUUAUCACUUUAGUGGGAAGGAAUCAUUACCCGAUGAAGAAGACUAUUUCUCACAUCCGCCCCGUCGUUCGUCGUCACAUCGGCAUGGCCGGUAUGAUUCAGAUCGCUCGAGCCGUCGACGUCAUCACCACCGCCGUCUGAGCGGCGAUCAUCACUCCUCCAGUUCGCGCAGGUCAGACAGAUUAGACCCGUCAUUCGUGCCCCGUCCUGAUGGCGGACGCUCUGGCAUGUCAACACCCCGCGGCCAAUCUCCAUCCCGACCAGACCGUCCCCCACGCUCACGAGGUCGAGAUCGCGCCACUUGGUACGGACACCCAUUGAGUCCCGGCGCCGAAGAACCCGUCUUCCCGGACAUCGCAGAAUCAGAACCAGCAGAAGAUAUCUCACCUCCAACCCCCAAACAUAAAUUCCGACCCCGACACAACCUCUCACCACCUCCACACACCCGUGCCCGCCGACAUUCCCACGACGCCUACACCCGCAAACCCACCCGCGACUUCUCCCCAACCGCCCCUCACCGAAGCUACGACUCCCGCCCCGUAAAAUCACCCCCACCACGCAUGACGCACUCCGAAGCAGCCGCCAAAGCCCGCCGCGACGAUCGAGACCGUUCCCGAUCGCGCGGCCCAGGCGUCAAAUUCCGCGAAUGGAUCUUCGACCACGUCCCGGCACCAGCCCCCGAUCCACCACAAUACACCCAACCCAUUCCCUCCCCGCACCCGCGCGUCCAGCCUCGUCACCGGUAUAAUCUCGAACCAGACGACCGCCGCGGGAGUCAUAGUGCCGGGAGUAGCGGUAGCCGACCUAAUAGCGGAGGAAGUGGAUCUGAUCGGCCGAGGUCGUUCAGUAAUGUGGGGCCUAAUCGUGCAGCGAGGUGGACUAGUCCUUCACGGAGUGCGGCGGCGAAGAGGUAUAUUCCUAGUCUGGUCGAGGGUGAUUUGUAUGCGCCUGCGCCUGGUCCUGGUCCUGGGAGGAGGACGUUUUAUGAUUGA